UGUUUCUCCACCUCUACUAUAAAUUAUUUCGGUAUAAAAUAAAUGAAAUAAAAUAGUUUUUAAUAGACUUGUGCAUUUAAGUGAACACUCUCGGGAAGAUUUAAUCAACAUCCAAUCUUUGGUGAGUUCCAUGCAGCUGCGCGCAGUAAAGGAAAGGUGAAAAUUUAUGCGCAUUUCGACACCUUUGUUUUGUCAACGCUUAUAUUUUGCGCAAAAUAAUAAGUUGAGUUGUUGUUGUUGGGUAGUCGUCCAACACCAACCACAGCAGCACAAACACAGACGGAGACAGCGAAGUUGGCUCGCUUGGCGCAGGCAGAAAUAGAGCAGAGAACAACAACAGCAGCGGGAAAAACGCAAAACAACAAGAAUCAACUGAAGAAAUACAUAAAAACAAUAACAACAAGAGCAAGAACAGCAAUAAUAUUAAGGAAAUGGCUAAUACAAACAUGAUUAGCAGUAAUCACAACAGUAACAACAACACCGCCGCCUACACUUACAAUAAUUACAACAGUGUUAGUGCAGACAGCGGCAAUAGCAGCGGCAGCAACAACAAUAACAAUAACAACGGUGGCGUCGUUGUCGUUGGCAGCGAGGUGCAAACGUUGCGUGAAGUCUGCAACAUGCUGAAUACGGGCGCCGCAAGCAAUUAUAUGAUACCAACAGGUGGUUGUCCAUACGAUCACAUUAUCACAAUGAUGCGUGGUCUCAACCUGCAGGACGAUGGCAUCGUGUUAAACAACAAAAUAAAGGCCAUCGAGACCGAUUUCUGCAACAUUGUGCGCGACGAAUCGAUGCUAUGCGAAUCGAUGGACUACAUGAACAACAAAGCUUUAAGCGACGCUGAGACUGCACUUAAAUUCGCUCUCUUGUUUUCGUCACGCAACUUUGACGCCUUGGCGAUGAAGGAAACAAAGGUUCGCAGUGCCAUGCUGAAAAUCCUGGAGACAAACUUUAUCAAUGCAGAUGCGUAUCGACAGCACGAUAAGAAUCGAUUGUACAACUCGAUAACACUGUUGGGCGAGUAUUAUCAUCGUGUGCGGCUGGCCGAUAACGCGCCGAUAACUAUUCUGGGGGAUUCUCUGCUCAAUUUGCUAACUCGCGAAAUUAAUGACAUUUCGGUGGUGAUGAGCACUCGGCUGGCACGCUUGGUCCUGUCGCAGAUCACGUUGAACGGAGAAAUAAUGCGAACGCGUCACAAGGCGGAUAUCGAUCAGUUACUGUACCAUGUUAGGCGGCAUCUGAUCAUGCAACCGGCAUUGACUGCCAAGGUCAAAGCGAUGCUUUUAAUGGUGCUCGACCUGUUCUACAGUCACUUCAAGCAUGUGGGCAAUGAUUUGGAGGCCAUGUACACAGAUUAUCUGGUUGUGGAUGACGACGAGGAUGAAAGCUUCAACAACAAUAACACCAGUGGUGAGGAAGUGCCGCAGUCACAGGCCACGGAUUCCUACAACAGACAGCAUGAGUCCGCCUCGUACAGUGAGGAGGAGAACGGCAGCAGUGCGAACACUUCGGCGCAGGAAAAGCCAAAGAAAUGGAGUGAACAGGUCUGUGAGGAUUCCCUCUGUGACAUUGGAUAUGGCGAUGAGCAACAGCCGUUUGGCAAUGAGAACCCAGCACUUGCAUACCAGAACAAUGAUGCUUCCAAUGUGGGACGUCAGGCCAGACGAGGAUAUCAGCCACGACAUGCGCCGCGACCCCUGAAACAAUCACACAACCAAGCGCCUCAAGCCGACAGUGUUGGCUCCGAUCAGUAUCCAUCCAUGGCUAGCAGCGAGGAUCGUGACGAGACGAAGCCAUUGCCCAGCUGGCGGAAGACACGCUUCAAUCGGAAUAAUGAUGAGCAAAAUGGACGCUCACGUCACGAUCAGCAGCGCCGCUAUAGCAUCAGUUGCGAUGAUGAUCAUCAAAGUGUGCGCAGCGAUAAUGGCGGUAAUCUGCGGCUUUAUAGCAUACACGAUCGCAGGAAGCACUCGCAGGAGCGUUACGAACGCAAUCUUGGCGGUGGCGCCAAUUACAAUAGCAUUGUUAACUCAAAUUGGGACCAGCGCGAUGAUCGCAGUGAACGCUCGUACAUAAGCAACUAUGAGCGAGGCAACAACUACAAACGUGGUGGACGAUACAACAAUCACAAUCGUAACACGUACGACAAGCCCCCACGCUUCCAGAAGCAACAACAGCAGCAACAGCAACAACAGCAGCAACAGCAGCAUAGCCAACAGCAACACAAGGACCAUCAGAAAAUACACAGUGAGACCUGGCGUCGAUCCAAUACGGCUAUCAACAAUGCAUAUCAGGAUGAGAAUUGUGCGUUUAAUUCAAAUGGACCAGAGUCAAACAGUCGCAGUUCAUCGCGUGCACGCACGCUACCCCGUCCACCCAAAUCCCAAAUGGAGGAAGGUGGCCGCAAAUCGAACUAUCGCUACACACAAAGUCCAACGCGUGGUGCUGGCAGUCAAGGAGGUGGAGGUGGAGGAGGGUCCAGUGGACCGCGCAGCUUUCCGCGUUACAGCAGUCAGAGCAGCCUGGCCAGUGAGGCCUCGAGCACGUUUGACAGACGACAGCCGCCUCCGUCACGACACACACAAAAUCAGCAUCAACAUCAACCGCAGCGCCAUCGUAACUUUACGCGUCGCUCGCAGCCGAAUAUCCAUCAGCCGGAAGAGCAUCAAGAAGGACACCAAAACUCACAACAGCAGCGUCAAAGCUCUGACAACAACUGGCAUGAAGCUGGCAAGGACGACAGCGAAUUGGUGCGCAAUGCACAACAAACCACAAAAUACAUGAACUAUCUGUCGGCGAAGAAAUGAGAACGAAGCGCGCGCUGCAAAAGAGCAAGAGAGCAUCGUUGCAGCACAAACGGCAGCAGCAGAAGCAUCUACAAAUUAAUGGAGUGAAUUACAAUAAGCACGAGUAUCAUUUUUGUAAAGUAAUUUUAUAGUUGAAAAGUCUGCAACGAGAUUUUGUUUGUAACAUUUCUAUCUGCCUACUCCCUCCUCCUUCUCCUGUAACAAUUUUUGCUCCCACUAAAACUUUGUAAUUUUUUGCAUGCUGGGUUUAGCAUA